AAAACACCUGCCCGAUGGAUUCUGAGGCUUAGUCAGAGUGGACUUUCAGGGAAAUACAAGAACCAUGCCUUCACACCGCAGAGGACGGAGCCUCUCCGAGGCCCUGACUCUGGAGCAGUUAGACGAGGGAGGAGUGGUCAUCUCCAGCAUCAACAACGGCGCCUCAUCCGACCAGGGACUGAAGGAAGGGGAUGAAAUUUUGGGAGCAACAAUAAAUUUUGAUCAACUGUCAAAAGAGGAGGUGUUAGAAGUAUUGAAGCUGAUGGAACCGUUUGAUGACAAGAUCCAAGUCCUCACGCGGAACAACCUGAGCAAGAGCCUCGGAAAUCUGGACCAGUAUGCCAGGGAUCCCGAGACAAUGCUGAAGGACUCCUACAGCAAACUCUACAAUGCCAAAGUCAAGAGGUUUAUGAGGGGUGAGGAGCCUAAUGCUGAGGAAGGGUAUGUGAACGGGGAAGUUACUGGCAAGCCAACAAUACCAGGCUCAUCCAAGGUCAACCUAAAACAUGACACGGGGUUGCCUCGAUUCGGAGUUGACUUUGGACUUCUGAAAUCCAAGACUUUGAGCACUGACACUGAUGCUGAUUCACAGUUUGGUGCUAGAGAAUUAACAGAUGGCAGAAACCUGAACCUUCCGCCGUUUGGUCUCGGCUUGAAUGGGACUUCUCUAAAUAGAGCUCAGGAAUCAGGACUAGAACUUGAUGCAAGAAGUCCACAGCUUAAAACUCCAGACUUCAUUCUGUCUGGCAGAUUACCAGAGGAUCCAAAUGUUAGUGCUACAGCUGGAAUGCAACUGCCAAAUACUGACAGUCCAUCAGUUGACUUGGCAAUGGCAAAUCUUGAAAGACCUCAAAUUGGACUGGAAAGCAACAGAACUUACAAAGCUCCAGAAAUCGCAACAAACUUAAAAGGUUUAGAUGUUACAACCCCUAAAAUGGGGUUAAACCUUGAUGGAGGAAAUAUCACUGGCCCAUCCCUUAAUACUGGCGUUCCCCAGGUGAGCAUUGAAGGAACAAACCAUGAUUUCAAAAUGCCAAAAUAUAAAAUGCCAGACCUGGGCCUCUCUGGACCUCAUGCUCAGUAUUCCAAGAGACUGAAAAACCCAGAUCUAAAUGUGGAUGAUCCCUCCAGUUACCUUGAAUCUCCCAACCUUGUUGGUGUUAAAACACCUGACCUGAGUCUGAAAAAUCCAAAGGUGAAAGGUGGGAUUUCUACACCUGAUAUCAAUCUUCCCAAAGCUAGCCCACAAGGACCAAAUCUGGCUGCUGACACUCCAUCAGUCAGCAUCGAAGGUCCAUCUGGAAAAUACAAGGCACCUAAGUUUGCAAUGCCCAAAUUUGAUUUACCAGACAUUAAAGUUCCAAGUUUUAAUGGAGAAUUGGAGGGACCCAAUUUCAAAGGUGCAAUGGCACACCCAAAUGUUGACGUAAAUGUACCAUCAACUGACAUGAAUAUUAAAAGCCCAUCCGGAAAACUGAAAAUACCAGGCUUUGGGCUAUCUGGUUCUAAAGUUGAACGCCCUGGAUAUCAGUUAGAAACUCCAGAAAUGGAUGUCUCUGCUCUGAAAGGUAAAGGGGGCAUUAAUUUCCCUGGUGUUGAUCUAACAGACGCAAAGCUAAACCCUAAUAUGCCUGAUGUGAAUAUGGCUUCUAGUAAAUUUGACAUUGAUGCAAAUGCUUCCUCUGGCAAACUUAAACUGCCAAAAUUUAAGCUCUUUGGCACAUUAUCAAAGAAAAAAGAUGUGGAUGUCAAUGCAGGCAUAACUGGUCCUAACUUAGACCUAAAAUCAUCUGAUCUAGAUAUCUCGGGUCCCAAUCUCAGUGGUGGAAUAAAGGCACCAGACAUAAAUAUGCCUAAGAUUGACCUCAAAGCCCCAAAACUGGACCUCAAUACCCAAAAUGUUGACUUAGACAUGUCAUCAGGCAAACUGAAAAUGCCAGAUGUUCAUGCUCCAGACUGGGAUGUCAGUCCUCGCUUGGGCAAAGUGAAAAUGCCUAAGGUCAAUCUUUCUGGUACAUUACCAAAAGGGCCAAAUAUGGACCUAAAUACAGAUGUGAACCCACCAGAUUGGAGUCUGAAAGCUCCAAAGAUGAAAGGUGGGGUUAAUGCCCCUGACUUUGACUUGCCAAACAUGGACAUUAAAGCUCCCAAGUUAGAUGUGAAUACUCCCAAUGUCAACAUUGGCUCACCAAAAGCAAAGCUGAAAUUUCCUAAAAUAAAAAGCCCA